CUUCUCCCAAGAGCAAAGCACAAGGUUUCAGCUCCAACGACAUCGUUUCGGAGCAGUAGAUCCGAAAUGGAAGCCUCACAGUCGCAGGCAUCAGCGAACGCAGCCCUGAACCCUCACCCUAACCCUAACAGCAAUUACACAAACAAUAGCAAUUCUAUACUGUCAUCGACGCCGGUGUGGCCCACAAUCGACGGUCCGUUGGGCCUGUCGGAGGAAGAAUCGUUAGCCUACGCUCGGAGGUUCUACAAGUUCGGCUACGCGCUUCUGCCUUUUCUUUGGGCCAUCAAUUGCUUCUACUUCUGGCCUGUUCUCCGUCACUCUCGCUCCUUCCCUCGCCUUCGCCCCUAUGUUGUGUCAUCAGCAAUUGGGUUUUCAGUGUUUUCAGUUAUUUUGUCUUCAUGGGCAUUGACAUUUGCCAUAGGAGGAGAACAUCUCUUUGGUUCUACCUGGGAUCAACUGGUAAUGUAUAACGUUGCGGACCGGUUAGGUUUGACAGGUUGGAGCUAGUUUUCUUCCCUUUCAAAAUUUUAUGGCUGCUAGCUUUUGCAUUAUCAAUCCCCAAACUAUAUUUUGAAAGAAGAAAAAAAGAAUCUCAUUUGAAGUCAACGUGUAUAUUCUGAUUGUUGAACCAAUUAUGCUUUUGUAAUCAAAAUUGUCAAAUUGUUUGAGGCUUUUGGGCUUAAUAUGUAGAAGGAAUGCAUUAAACA